AUGCAAUGCGCAAUAGCAUUUCUCUUACUCGCAGCAGAGGACCCGAAGAACAUGGAUCGCUUGAUUGUUACGCAAUUUGGGGCAAAUAAGCCUUCAUACGGCGUUUAUGAACUUCAAACCAGCAGAAAUUUUCCCGAUCCGAUGCUGAUCAAUCAACCUGACAUAACUUGGAAUCCCGCAAUGAAAAAUGGAACACAUAUUAUGUCCUACUGCUCUAUUUCACUCCAAAGUCACGAGAUAGCAGAUAAAAUCACCAGUGGGCUGACUAACAUAACACCCAGAGCCCAUUUUCAUUGGAACAAAAACACUGAGGCAGAGAUGGAUUGUUGGAAAUCACUUAAAUUUGUAGACAAUCCAGAAGAGAAGAUCGAUGAGAAUAUCAUGUCCAAAGGCAUUAUUGCAGUAGAUGGAGUGUACAGGAGGUACGGCCCUCCUAAGGCCGAACAACCUGUUGUUGUCAACUUGGAUCAACCAAUGAAACUAAGGUCGUUGCUAUUAAAUGGCGAGUUAAUUAAGGGGAAGAAAACUGUCUUUGGACAGGAGGCGCUUGCUUGGUAUCAAGGACAUCUACAUUUAUUUAAACGAAACAGGGAAAGAAAUGCUUGGCUGCCUGUCACGACAAUAGGAUAUGAGAUUAAUAACGGAUGGCUGAUUGCCAACUUUAUUAAUAUCAACUUCCCUCAAAUAACCAAUAACUGGAAAAAUUAUUAUCAAAAAUGUGCAAUAUACAAAGACAUUUUAAGAACUUUAAGUCGAAGCGAAAAAAGAAUGAGGCAUCAUGAGCAUUCGUACCGGAGACACAUGCUACACGGAAACUAUCCCGAUAGUAAUUACGAUAAUCAUUACCAUGAUCAUAAAUAUCUUGAUCAGACUGCCAGAAAAUAUAAAUACACAAUAUAUGCCGAAUUUAAAAAGUUGAUCCCCGUGAAAUUGCCCACAUCUCCGGCAUCGGGCAUCACUAUGGCCAUGUAA